UAGUCCCGUGGAUAGCAGAAGCAGAAGACCACGAGAAGCCUCUCGAAGCUUCCAGAAUCCCGAUUCCGCCGGAUCCUCCGCGAGCCCUAAUUCUCUCGCCCAGUUUGUUCGGUUCGCCUCGCGAUCUCCCGGCUCCUGACAAUGGCUGACAGGGAGAAGGCGGAGACGGAGACGGAGACGGAGGAAGAGUACGAGAGCGAUCUCGACGACGCGCCUCUCCCGGCGGUGCGGCGCCGGGCCGCGGCGAGCGAUGACGAGGAGGAGGAUCCCUCUCCGCCUACGAAGGCCGGAUCCGACGCGGAAUCCGACGGGCAAGGCGCCGCCGAGGUGUACGACGACGACGUGUACGAAGAUGACGACGACGAGGAAGAGUACGAGGUGUACGAGGAGUUUGAGCAAGGGCGAGGUGGAGAGCGCGGAGUGGCCACCGGUGCGGUGGCCGUAGUGGCAGAGGAGGAGGGGAUUAAGGGGGAGGAGGGAGGCGAGGCGUCGGCUGCAGCGGCGGAAGGAGAUGAGGGGAAGAAGGGGAGUGAGCCCUACGCCGUACCGACGACUGGUGCCUUCUACAUGCACGACGACCGCUUCCAGGAGGCCCGUGGCCGUGUGCGCCAAAGGAGAAUAUUGAGUAAUAGACAAUUGUGGAAUGCUAAAGAGGAUCAAGCGUGGGUCCAUGACAGAUUUGAUGAAAUGAAUUUGCAUGAUUUUCAUAAUGACUACACAAGAAGAAGACCCAGGGAUCGAUUUAGAGGACGUGGUGGUGGACCUGGCAGUAAAGCUCGUGGUAGUACCUGUGGUAAUUUCAGAGGCAACAAGUCACAGACAUACUACCAUGAUGGUUCUAAGAACUACAUAUAUGUUCCAAAAGAACCGCAAAGUUACCAUGAUAAUACCAAGAAGGUUCAAUGGAUUCAGAAUGAUAAUGGGAAGAAUAGGUUUACCAAACCAUCUAAUCCUCAUGAUGGCAAUGCCAAUAAUUUUGAUUUUGUCCCAAAAGAGUCUCGUCCUCUCUAUGACAAUACCAAAAGUAAUAAGAAUGUACCAAGAGUAGUUCGAGGAAGAGGCUCUAAACGUUAUCAACAACGCUGGAGGAGUACUGCUGAGAUAUCUUCAGAGAAUAAUAAUGAAUCACAUAAUCUUGAAAACUCUUCUUCAAAUGCAAACUUGGAAAAACACCAACAUCAAGCUUCAAAUUCUCAGCCAGAACGAAGAUUUCCGAUGAAGCAGACAAUUGCAUCAAAUUUGAAUUCAGCUUCGCCUCCCUUUUACCCAUCUAGGUCAUCCCGUCAGGAACUCCCAGUGAGUCAGAAGGGGAAUGCACAACCUAGUACCAGUACUAGACCCUUCUCAUCCCCCAUCAGUAUGGAGAGUGCCUCUCCAACCCCACAGUAUGGCCCUCUCUUGAGAGGGAAGGCCUUUGUACAGUCUGCUGGGCAAAGCAAGUUGCAUCCUGAAGUUCCUAUAAAGGGCAUUGAUCAUCCUUCAUCGCAUUUACCUACAUCACCAUCAACUAGUCAAUUUCCUGUAGCAACUAAUCAGGUCACUGGACAUUCGUUUCAGUCCCCACAUCCAGUUGUCCAACAAAGAUUGGUUCAAUCAUUUACUCAAUCCACACCAAAGAUGUCUGGUCAGAUGUUAGCGGCACAAUUUGGCAGUGGUGAUAAAUUGGCAUCUUCCUUGCAAUCUACAUCAACGAUUUUGACUGAAGGCACCGGAAUAUCUUCACCUCGUGGUUCCAGCAAAUCUAAUACUAGAUUGAUGGUAAAGGGACAACAUAGUGACCAGGGAGAAGAACAUGCUUCUUUUAUGUAUGGUGGAGCUCAAGUUCUUGGGGCUACAGGAUCACUUGGUGACCAAAAUUUCCGUGGAACCCCUGCACUAUUGCCAGUUAUGCAGUUUGGAGGUCAGCAUCCAGGUGGGCCUGGCGUUCCUUCAAUUGGCAUGGCUUUACCAGGAUUCGUGUCUCAACGACAGCUUGGUCUGAGCAAUUCUGAAAUGACUUGGGUACCGAUAUUGACGGGUGCUUCUGGAGCUAUGGGAGCAACGUAUGGUUCACCUUAUAUUGCGGUAGAUAGUAGCUAUUAUCCCCGAGCUUCUGAACAUGCAUCUUCAUCAGUUUCUUUGAGAGAACCCAGUGCCUCUUCUCAGUUGAAAUCACAAGAAAUAACUGAGGCUUUAAAUGAUGAACUAAAUCAACGCCAACAUAAACUUCGGAGAUAUUCAGAGAUGAACUUUGGACAAUGAACAUAGUGAUGUAAGAUGAACUUUGGCCAUGUUAAUGAGGACUUCAUCUGUUAGAUUUUGGUCUGUGCAAGACUUUUAUCUCAAGGCCUUUCUGAGUCCUUGCAACUCUUCAGUGUCUGAUCUGUAGCACUUGGGGCUGUAUCCAGAAAGAAUGCUAGGUUUGACAGUUGAAGGUGUUUAUAUCGUUACUAUAGUCAUUUGCAGUGAUUGUUCUGAUGGGAAGUUGCUAUUGUGUCAUUAGGCGAGAUUUACAUGGUUCCUCGUCCAUGCUGUUAAUGCCAUGUUGCUAUUGAGCACCUUCACAUUGGCAUGCAUAUAUGAAUAAUAAUGCGAUGGGGAAUACGUGAGCUCACUGUUCUGUAAACUUCUUUUGAUGGUGAAAGAGGGAGAAUACAGGGCUUUGGGUUUGCUUGUAUGGCUAUCUUUGCAUUGCUCAGCUGAGUUGAUCAUUGCCAGUUAAUCUUGUAUGAUAUUUCAAGUAUCUGCUAGUGAUAUGCUCGCUUUGUUAAAGAUAUUAUAGCUAUAUUAGCAAGUUAUAUAUAUUUUGCUUUAUGUUGGUAUUUUUUUCCUUAGGGGUGUUAGCAUUGAAGAGGGAGCCGCUAGCACAUUGCUCCAGAUACUAGUACGGUACGUGCUAGUCACAGAGAUCUUUCUGUUCAGUUCAAACUACUUGUGUAAUAUUUUGUGGGGCAGCCCAGACUGGGCUUAACGGAUUUUCAUUAAGGAGAGAAGCAUGUGCAUGGUGUGAUUUACAAACUCAGCGGAGGUUGCUGAGUCCGGCCAGAGCCGGUGAAAAACAGAAAAAGAAACGAAGGGCUACUCCUCACAACAUUUGAAAUAACCAGCCUCCGUCCGAAUGACGAUCUCGUCUCUGAUUUUGUUGAACAACUGAGUCGCUGAUUUAUAUUUGAUCAUUGGCUUCCCUUGAUAGAUGCUAUUAAUAACUAGAAAGAUGUAAAAAUGAGAGUUCUGUGAAUGUUGAAGUACGUGCACGCCUUAUGAAAAUGAACCGAGUACUAAUACUACACGUAUUGGUCAUUUGGCUAUACAUGUCCCCUGUUUUCCAGACAGGUUU